AUUUCUAGUCCUAUUCCUGUGUCGAACGCGUGAAUCGAACUAGCGCUCGGGAGCUUCUCUUCUUUAGAUUGGUUUAGGGCUUGAAUGAUAGUUUGGGAAAUCUCGAAGACUUUGACCUGAGCGAUUUUAGUCGCUUGAAGAAUGCUGCUUUUUGACAGAGCCAAUCCGCCUACUUUCUGAAUGGCACAGAGCUCGUUCUGGGUGUUUAGGGUGACAGAAAGCUUACCGGACAUGACCCUCUCUUCCUUCCAGCUUGGAUCGACGACCAAGUGGUCGGCAUCGAAAAUGCCAAAUGAGACACAGAUUGGCAUGUGAUGGAUACUCAGAGAUACAGGUUCCUUUUCUUUGGUUGAAUGUACGAUCACUGUACCCCCAGCGAUGGUGAUAUCUGGUCGACGGAAAUGAUGCAGUGCAGUUAUGGCGCCAAUGCUGCAGCAGUCAGUGAUAUUGCCUUGGUCGUCAAUUUUUUUGUCUAAGUUAGAACAGGGGCCAUUCGACAAAGGAGUGCGCAUGCAGAGAUAGAUGUAUAUAGGUUGUGUGUGUGCACGUAUUUGUACAUCGAUGUAUUGCUCUCUCAGACAUAUAGAUCAUCGCCUCUACGCGAGACUGCGUAGAACAUGUCCACGCCAGAAAGUUGGCGUUUUUCGAGGAUGCAUGUGGCGUGGAUGUUUCGCUUUUUUGUACGAUUUGGACGAGUGUUUCGUUUUUUUAGGUAGACGGAUGGACUAGAAUAACACUGGACCGAGAGGGGAAUGCGCAAAACAAAGCAAAGUGCGUACCGAGUUUGUCCAAGUUGGACUUGAACGGAUCCCCAUUUUGAUCCAAAGGAUAUUUUUAGAGCGCGGUAAUCGAAAAUUCCACGACCGUCUAUACGUCUCUCCUCGUUAAUAGCAUUGAUGAUAAAUUGCUUUUCGUUGGAAGAAACAAGGUCGUCGCGUUGACUUUCGGCUUUGGCCAUUUGACGCAGGCGCUGUCAGGCUCGGGUGGAGAAGAGAGAUUGUAGCCGAAGAGGUUGUUCGUUCUUGUACCUAGCAAGCUUAGAUGGGAUUGACCAUGAUGAGCAGUACAAGUAAUUGAAAAAAAGUCAUAGAGAAGUUUUCAAAAAGUUUUUUGACUCGCCUUUUUGCUUGCAAAGCCAUUCUGUUUUGUGGUUUUUGUCUCAGAUGGGAACUCAGGAGUUCACGCUCCAGGAGCUGCUCCCUCAUUACUACGGUAUGGGCGUGAGAAUUUGAGGGCGAACUAUUUCGUGUCGCGCUGCUGACAUUGCUCUACGUUCCGCAGAGAAGGUGUUUCCAUUCGGGCUCUUGGUCGAGUGGCUUGGUUAUGGAGUACAGUCGGUACAAUUCUUACACGACGGCUGAUGUCUUUUGCGUGGACGUGGUGCGUCGCUGCCCGGAGAAGGUUCACGUGGGAGCCGUUUACAACAUGCCUCCCAAGAAGCAUGGGCAAGUUGACGCGAGUCAAUUUGUGGCCGUAGAGAAGGAGUUGGUGUUUGACAUUGACAUCAACGACUAUGAUGAUGUUCGUGUAUGCGAGUGCAGAGGUACGGCGAAGGUUUGCGAGAUUUGUUGGGGUUUGCUCGACAACGCAAUGAACGUACUGAGCACGGCGCUAUGCGAGGAUUUUGGAUUUCGUCAUUUGAUUUGGGUCUAUUCUGGAAGAAGAGGUGUGCAUGGGUGGGUAUGCGAUCGAGAGGCGCGAACUCUUACUCCUGAGGCGCGGAGUGCGAUCGCUUCGUACCUUGGCGUGAUUGAGCAUAAGGAGAAGGCCAAUUGGCAGUCUCGAUUAGGAAAUACACUUCAUCCGAGCUUGUCGAGGGCAUACAAUCAAGUUUUAGAGCCAUAUUUUGAGAGGCUGCUUUCGGAGCAUCAUCUGCUCGAUUCGCCUGCGAUUCAAGAGAAGGUACUUUCGUUUUUGGGUGAUGUGCUCUUGUGUCGAAAGAUUGAGCAAAAAUGGAGUGAACACGCAGGUGAUUGGAGCAGUUCAGAAAAGUGGAAUUUUUUGAAGCAGCAGGUCAGAAAUCGUCCUAGUAAAUCUAAUCAGUAUUGUGAUAGGGACAUUGUCUUCUACUUCUCAUAUCCGAGGUUAGACAUCCAGGUUUCCAAGCAGUGGAUGCACUUGCUUAAGGCGCCUCUGACGGUCCAUCCGAGUACCGGCAACGUUUGCGUACCGAUCUUACCUGGACGAAAGUUUGAUUUAAGACAGGUCCCUACCAUUUGGCAGGUGAUUUCCGAGUUAGAGGAGAGAAAAGAAGAUAUUUGUGGUCAAGAGGGUUUGAAAAAAACAUCACUUGGUAUUUAUCUUGAAUAUCUUCAAGAAUUUGUGUAUCGGCUCUCGAAGUGAUUUUUUUUGAGACUGUGACUCAAAGUUAGGAAUUGCAGGCAUUUACUACCAUGUCUAUGCGGGUUAGAUCGUCCAUUCUGUCUGGCGUGUUGCUUAGACGUGUCCUUCGAUGGCGUAGGGUGGCCGUCGAAUCGGUGUCAUUGCCCGGCCGAUUCAGAGGGUGGGUGACAGGUGUCAAAAGUUUAUGCACGUGCCCGUUUGUUGGGGCGUCGUUUUCGUCGCGAGUUGUACCUGCAGGUAGAUGGAGUUUGCCUGGUUGGUGCGAGUCUCGUCUCGUGUUUCCGGCGCGUAGAAUCGCGUCCGACAGAGCGUACUCGCAGAGUCCCUCUGAGGAACGGUACGAAAUUUUUUGAUACGGAGUUUGAGGGGGACCGAGACUGAGCACUUGGGUUAUGUCCAGCGCGACCGUCCACUGGGUUUUGAAGGAUGGCGAGGUCAAGUCGGUUACGGAGAGGGUUGGAAUGAAUUUUUUAGAAAUAGCGAGAAAGCACGAAAUAGACCUAGAGGGCGCUUGCGAGGGAUCUUUGGCAUGUUCGACGUGUCACAUCAUUAUAGAGGGUGAGGACGCAUACCGCAAGACAGGAGAGCCGAGCGAUGAAGAGAACGACAUGUUGGAUUUGGCAUUUGGGUUGACGGAAACUUCUCGAUUAGGGUGUCAAGUGAUUUUAACGCGGGAGCUGGAUGGAGUGGUGGUAAGGAUACCCACGGCAACGAGGAACAUGAUGGUGGAUGGGCAUGUGCCAAAGCCACAUUAGCGGAUAGAGGCGUUUUUGCGUGGGGAGGAGUGUUUUUUUCGUUGAGGGUGGAGCAUGCGGUAUUUUCUGGCUUGCAUGAUAGGUUUUUGAGGUACAAAAAUAUUUUAUAUUUUUGAAUUUGGCAUUAUUUCUAAGGAUGUCGUCUGAAGAGGAGAAGACGCAGAGGGUCGAGAUCGAGAGUCAAUCCGAGAAGUUGCUGUCACAGGGGACGCAGGUAGUGCCAAGAAAGCCAAUUUUGGUGAAGAAGAACCAGGAAAAUGAAUCGACGCCGCACCUCCGACUGAGGGCGGCGAUGAGCAGGGCAACGAUAGAAUUGGUGAGGACGCCAGGGUUUGAAGAUUCAGCGAGCACGGGUGUGAUUUAUGUGAUGUCUAGGGCGACCAUGUUGGGUUGGGGGUACAAGAAUCGCGAGUGGUGCAAUUUUGGACAGGGGGCGCCGGAGGUGGGCCAGAUCCCCAAUUCAGUACCGAGGCCCACGUCGGCUAGUUGGAAUCCGCAGGGGAACGAGUACGCGUCGGUGGCGGGGACGAAGAAGUUGAGACAGGCGGUGGCGGACUUGUACAACGUUCGGUAUCGAGUUGGGUUGAAAUCUCAGUACACGUAUGAGAAUGUGUGUAUAACCCCGGGUGGCAGAGCGUCACUGACGAGGCUGGCGUCUACGUUUGGGCAGGUGUAUUUGGGCCACUUUUUGCCGGACUACAGUGCGUACGAGGAGAUGUUGUCGGUGUUCAAGAAGUUCGUGCCAAUUCCGGAGAUGUUGGACCCACUGUUGGACUACAAGGAGAGGAUAGCGAAUUUGCACCGAGAGAUUGUGGCGAAGGGGUUGUCUUUGGUGCUGCUGUCUAAUCCGUCCAAUCCGACGGGUAACGUGAUAGAGGAGACCGAGCUGGACGAGUGGGUGCAGUUGGCGAGGGACACACACACGUGUUUCAUCAUGGACGAGUUUUAUUCGAACUACAUCUACAGCCAUCCGGUGGAGCAGAACGGGAGGACGGUGAGCGCCGCGUCCUACGUGCAUGACGUGAACUCGGAUCCGAUUGUGAUCGUGAACGGGUUGACGAAGAACUGGAGACUGCCAGGGUGGAGAAUAACCUGGACGAUUGGUCCGAAAGAUGUGAUCCGGAAUGUAGCGAACGCGGGGUCUUUUCUGGAUGGGGGGGCCAAUCACCCAUUUCAGGAGGCGGCAAUUCCGCUGCUGGACCCCAAGUUCGUUCACGAAGACACGAAGUGCCUACAGGACCACUUUAGGAAGAAGCGCGACUACGUGGCGUCGGAGCUGAUAAAUAUGGGUAUCGACAUUCCGAAGAUCUCUAAGGGCACCUUUUACUUGUGGGCGGACGUAAGAAAUCUGCCGCCGCCCCUGAACAUGGGACUGGGGUUCUUCGAGGAGGCGCUGAAGUUCAAGGUAGUUGUCGUACCUGGGAUUUUCUUCGACGUGAAUCCCGCGAAGAGGCGCAAUCUGUUCCACUCUCCAUAUCACCACAACGUUCGGAUCUCGUACGGUCCCCCAAUGGAGGAGUUGGCUCUGGGCCUGAAGAACUUGCGAGAAAUGAUACACAAAUACACCAAGAAAUAAAAAAAUUUUUUUGA